AAGAGAUUGCUUUAGGUUGUUGGUUUCCUUGUUUGAGAAAGAGAGGAGAAAAGAGAGAUGGAUGCGUUCUUCAAAUCCGGCAGCUGGAGUCACGAAUCGCUCAAAAAUUUCCGGCAGAUCACUCCCGCCGUCCAAAACCACCUCAAGCUGGUGUACUUGACGCUAUGUUGUGCACUCGCGGCAUCGGCGGCAGGAGCUUAUCUGCACAUUCUUAUGAACCUUGGUGGCUUGUUGACCACGCUUGGCUGCCUCGGGAGCAUCAUGUGGUUGCUGUCGACACCGCAGUAUGAAGAGGGAAAGAGGUUUGGCCUUCUGAUGGCCGCUGCUGCCUUAGAAGGGGCUUCCAUUGGUCCUCUUAUUCGGCUUGCUGUCGACUUCGACACGAGCAUACUAAUCACCGCUUUUGUGGGGACUGCACUCGCAUUCGGAUGUUUCUCAGGAGCAGCCAUUGUAGCUAAGAGGAGAGAGUUCCUUUACUUGGGUGGCUUGCUAUCAUCUGGGCUCUCUGUCCUCCUAUGGCUGCAGUUUGCUGGUUCCAUCUUUGGACAAUCUACUGCUAUGUUCAAGGUCGAGAUUUACUUUGGACUGUUGGUUUUUCUCGGAUACAUGGUGUUUGACACCCAAGAGAUCAUAGAGAGAGCCCACCAUGGCGAUCGAGACUAUCUGAAACAUGCACUGACCCUCUUUACAGAUUUUCUUGCAGUUUUUGUUCGUAUUCUCGUCAUCAUGUUGAAAAAUGCAUCUGAUAAGUCCGAGGAGAAGAAAAGAAAGAAGAGAUCGUAGAUCCUAUCAUUUUCGCGCAUAUAGUUGCUUCUGCAUAACAGCUCCUUCUAGUCCUUUAUCCUGCGUGGCAUGCAUCGUUAGUCGUCUGUGACAAAUGUGUCUCGUGCGUGUCUUACAAAACAUUUCUAUAGUAAUGGGCGAUGUUUGUAAGGAUGUGUAUGUGUCUUCCUGCUACUUUUUAAGUUUCACUUGCGCUGUAUGUUCCAAUAAAACUUGUGAAUCACAAUGGAUACUUGUUCUACAAUUAUCUUAUCUAUGUGUUCGAAA